CCAUUGACAAUAGAAGAAGAAGAGGAAAACCGACGCUUGUGCGGUAACGUUUCCGGAUAUCCGGUGUCUGAACACGUGGGAAAAACGCGUGUGUUCAGCAAACAUUACUCCUGGCGAAAACGUUUCGCUCGCAUACUGGUUUAAAUCAGAUCUCACUCCUAGAAACAAGAACCGACGAAGUCUUUAACGGGAGAAAUCAGACGAACCGCCACCAUGUUUCUGCAGUUCUACCUGAACGAGAACGGAGAGAGAGUUUACACUCUGAAGAAAGUGGAUCCAGAGGGUCGGCCCACCAGCUCGGCCCAUCCGGCUCGCUUUUCUCCGGAUGACAAAUUCUCCAGGCACAGAGUGACCGUGAAGAAACGUUUCGGAUUACUGCUCACCCAGCAGCCACGACCUGUGCUGUGAAGCGCAAAAAUAUUCAGACAUUUUUAGUGGAGAGAGUGUGUGUGUGUGUGUAUAUAAAGUGUGCGCUUGUAAUGGUUUACCCAAUUAUUAAUGUAACCUGGUGCAGAAGGCACAUUGAACAAGUGUUUGAUUUGAUCAGGUUUUAUUCCUGUUUUCAUCUCUCACGCUGAAUAAAAGUUUUUUUUGCAUCAACA